AUGGUCUACAGAGGACAACUCUCUAAACAAUGGGAAAACCGCACCGCUGCGUUCAAACGCUUGGAUCACAACCAUGAAAACAUCACCCCUUUAAUUGGCUACUGUGAUCAAGGCAAUGAAAUGAUUAUAGUUUCAGAAUUCGCUACCAAUGGUAGCCUUGAUUAUCAUCUCCUAGAUCCCGAUAAGAGUUUUUGUCUAACAUGGGCACAACGCAUGAACAUUUGUAUGGGGGCAGCCAAAGGACUCGAGUACCUUCACUGGGAGAACAGGGCAGUUAUUCACAGAGACAUGAAGAGCUCAAGUAUAUUGUUAGAUAACAAUCUGGACACCAAAAUUUGUGGUUUCGGCUUGUCACUAUUAGUCAAUGGAAAUCAGCCACAAAUAUACCAACGGCCUACGGGUACCCAAUUCUACAUUGAUCCCUUUUACAAAGAAAGUGGCAUGGUCACGACAGCAUCAGACGUUUACUCAUUUGGGAUAGUUCUAUUUGAAAUGUUGAGUGAGAUGCUCGCAUAUAAUAAAAGGAGCAUUGAUGAUAGUACUAUGAUGACGCGCUGGAGAAGCUCAUUGAUCCCAUUAUAA